AUGGCCUCUCAGCGUUCCAAGAGAACCAUAAAGGCGCCCAAGAAAUACUUGGAGGCGGAGGAUCUGGACGAUGAGGACAUUUUGCCCCCCAAGAGAGACGUCCUCCGGUUGGUGCGUGAGGAGGAAGGGACGGACGACUUGCUGGAUAGAGUCGUGUACCUAUUCUGGGAGGACGAUGGCAGCUGGUAUAGAGCCAAGAUCAAGAAGUUUGACCCCGCCACCGGCUUGGCAAACAUAUUUUACUUCGACACGGUCGAAAAGGAGGACGGCACAAAGUUGGCAGUGCUCAUUGGCGAGGGCAAAGCGGCCUUCAGGGAGUCAAGGAGAAAGGGGCAUGUGCUGAGCGAGAAUGAGCUCGAGCUACCAGAGGAGUUCAUAGACAAGCCAGAUCCUGAGGGGGAUGUGGGCAGCGGGAGCGAGGAGGAAGAGGAAGGGGAGGAAGAUGAUGGAGAGGGGGAUGGCGAUAACGAAGCCGGGGGUGACAGCGACGAUGAUGAUGAUGUCAGCAAAGAUGAUGACAGCAGAGGCGGCAGGCGAAGAGGCGCCAGGGGCCGUAAGAGAUCCAGGGGCGACAGCGCAGAGGACAGCAGCGAUGGGGAGGGGGGUUCAUCCGGGGGACCCAGGGCGAAGAAGGGAACGCCGCCGCCCGCCAAGGGCGGCAAGCGGGCUGCCCAGCCAGGCAGCGGCAGCGGGCAGUCGUCGGCCAAACGCAGCCGAGUGGAACCGCCGGCCGCCGCCGCACCGUCAAAGCGUCAGGUGACGCCGUCCACCAAGGCACAGGAGCUGCUGGCGGCAGCCGCCGGCCGCGGCAGGAGCAAUGACGAGGACUUCCGCGCAGCCGAGCGCGCGUCCAAAAACCUGCUGGCCUCCAUCCUCGGCAAGAAGGCCUCCUCCGGCGCACCCACGCAGCAGUUCUAUGGUGGUAAUCAGCCGAAGCCGCAGGCCAAGCAGGCAGCUGCCUCUGCUGCCAAGCUGGCCAAAACUGCCAGCAAUGUCAAGGAGACCGAGUUCAGGGAGAAGCAAAGGAGGGAGAUGAAGGAGAGUCUGACGAGGGCUUUGGAGGAGCUGAAAGCCAAAGGGCAUGAGGGCGACUUGCCAGCGCCAGACAUGGUCGCGCAGCGGAUAGAGGCCACCAUGUUCAAGCACUUUGGGGGCGUGAACAAGGAGUACGGGGCGCGUAACCGCAGCAUCCAGUUCAACCUGGCGGACAAGAGCAAUCCGGACUUCCGGGCCAAGGUGCUGCGGGGGGACCUGGAGCCCGCCAAGCUCAUGACCAUGCACACUCAGGAGAUGGCCUCCGAGCUGGAACGCCGCACUGUUGAAGCCAGGAAUGCCAAUUUUGGCAGGGCAGAGCACAGCGCAGGGAGGGACAAUGAGCAGCAGCAGUGGCGCGCACAGAAGGAGGAAGAGGCGCUGAACAACAGCGUGCUAGACACUGCCACGGCCGCACGGUUCUCGACGGCCGCCGCGCUCGAAGCGCGCGGCCGCACCGGCGACGGUGCCGCUAUAGACUGGCGCACCAACACGCUGGCCGCUUCGCCGCCGCGCACGACACCGGCAGAGGAUGCCGCCGUGGCCGCAGCCGAGGCCGCGCUAAAACAGGAGCCCAAGCAGGCACCCCUCACCUCGCAGCCGUCAUCAGGAGGCGCCGCUGCCACAUCAGCCGGGAAUGAAAGCGGAGCCAAGCCGACCACAAAUGGCACUUCUGCGCCCUCCUCAGCCCCACCGACAUCCGUAGCAGUGCCGGCCUUCGAUUGGACCAGCAUCAAGGCCCAGACACUGCAGGAGGCGUCCAAGCAGAAGGAGCAGAGCCCGCCAGCAUUCAAGCUCGAGGACGAUGGACUGAAGAAGGAGAUUCAGAACCACAAGGAGACCGGCGGAAUUAGUCAUGAUGAGGUCAAGGCCGAGGAGGGAACGCCUCCCGGUGACGCGGCGGAGCCGGAGGGGGGAAUCGAGCUGGAUACACUCCUUGACUUCUCCCCCGACAGCUUCUGGGAUGUGCUGCCUGAUCUGGCGCCCCUCAUCGCCUCCUCUUCAGGCCGCACCCCUGACGCCUGGUCUGCUAAAGUCACGGUGCCCGGAUCCCAGACAUAUGACAUCAGCGCUGACUACGUGGGCGGCACCGCUGACAUCAGCCAGCUCAUGGGCAAUGCCGAGGUGGUGAUAAAGGGCCGCCUGUCACUGGAGGUCCUGGAGAAGUUCUGUGAGGAGCUGCGCAGCUCUCGCAGCCGCACCUGCACGGCUGCACUCGUCAGGUGCACGACGGCGGCGGAGGCCUUCAAGGAGUUGUCGGAUUUGUACGAGGGCAGGCAGAGGUGCGGAGUGGCGCAGUUUGGCGCUGGUCUGGAGGCGUACCUCCUGCCGGGCUGCGAGCUGUCGGAGCGCAUUUUGAAAACUGCCAUCCGCGCGGCGCCCCUUGACACCCGUGGCACAAUCCCCCGCGCCAUCGGCGCCGCCGAGAUGCUGCUGCUCUUCGUGCAUCGCCGGGAUUGGCAGCAGAUGGAGCGCCCAACAGCCGCAGAGCCCAAGGCAGAGCCAGCGAAGGGAACGCCGUCGUCCCCAGGCACCUCUCCGCAGCACCCGACCACAGAGGCCUAUGACCCCAGGGCACCAGCCCCCAACCCUGGGCAAAUGGCGGCUGAGCAGGCGCCUCCCAUUGCAUCUCAUGCCUCCCCUUUGCACAGCGGCAGAGAUCCCAGGGCGCCAAAUGGCCAUGUCAUGCAGCAGCAGCAGGCGCCAAGUCAGGCCGCGGAUCCAGGAGCGCCAAAUCAGGCGGCAGGUCCAGGGGCGCCAAAUCAGGCGGCGCAGCCUCCUCCGGGCAAAAUCGAACUCGAUUUCAAAACUCUGGGCGCCCUGGCGGCUGCCCUGGGAGUGGGCACCGUCAAGCUGCCCACGGCUGCCCCAACCCAGCCGGCCCUCUCUCAAGGCCAUGAUCCGCGGAUGGCUGGACAGCCGCAGCCGAUGCCGUACCCACAGCCGGGGGCGUUCCCUGCUGGCCCCACAGCACAGCAGCCAGGGCAGUGGGCGCCCCAGCAGCAGCAGCAGCAGCAGCAGCAGCAGCAGCAGCAGCCCUUCCAGCAGCAGCCUGGGCAGUUUGGGCAGCCGCAGUUUGCCCAACCUGGGCAGUCUUUCCAGGCCCAGCAGCCGCCUGCACAAGCCCCUGGGCAGUCACAGGGGCCCCAGCAGCCGGUUUUCCCACCGCCGCCGACGCUGCCGCGGCCGGUGACGCUACCGGUGCCGCAGCCGGCGCCGAUCACGCUGCAGCCGCCCGGUGCUACUCCGCAGCCGCGGCCGGCCGCGCCAAUCACGCUACGGCCGCCGCAGCCGGCGGGGCCGCCCGCGCCCAUCCGGCUGCGGCCCCCCGGCCCGAUCACGCUGCGCCCCCCCGGCCCCCCCGCAGCCGCCGCCGGAGGCCGCGGCGGUGGCGGCCGGGCGCGCGGCCGUGGCGGCCGCGCAGGCCGUGACGCCGGCCGCGCCGCUGCUGUGGCGCCGGAGGCGCCUCGGAGCAGCCGCCCAAAGGUCAUGGGCCCUGGAGCUGCAGCUGUUGCGGGCUACCGGCCGGUCUCUUCACCGGGGCAUAGUGGAGAGGGCAGAAGGUGA